GAAUAAAAAACAUCAGUUUGGCUCGGUGUUGUUUGUGAACGUCGGUGGGAGUUUCAAAAUUUUCCAUAGUUUUGGAAACUUCUGUGGAGAUAAUCGAAAUCAUCCGGUUAGCUCUUCAAUAACCAGACAGCAGCAAUGGGAAACACCAUCUCGGCGGCUGAACUGAUUGCUUCGAACAUCGUACACGCCGAAGCUGCUGCGCCCGAUGUGGCACCGGCAAUACCCAAAGGACAUCCUUCCAUUGGCGCGAUGAAAGUGGCCGGCGAUGCAAAUCCACCACCGGAAUGUCCCAUGCACCAGAAGGAAAAGCCAAUAUUGGUGUCCGAAUGUCCGGUGAAGCAGGAUAAUUCGGACAUCAAUCCACUUAACAUGAUGCCACCGAUGAAUCAAAACAAGGCGCCAGAUCAACCCUUCGACCUGCCCAAAGAUCGACAGGUAUCGUCUAUCCCGAAAGUCACCGAAGAUGGAAAGCAGGAAUUCUGGGUUUACCCUAGUCAGCAGAUGUUCUGGAAUGCUAUGCUUCGCAAAGGCUGGCUCUGGCAGAAAGACGAUAUUCAGAAGAAAGACAUGGACGAUAUCAUCAAGAUUCACAAUGCCAACAACGAACAGGCCUGGCAAGAGGUACUCAAAUGGGAAGCACUACAUGCUCGGGAGUGUGGUAAUCCCAAGUUGAAGAGCUUUGGUGGAAAAGCGACAGAAUUUAGCCCCCGAGCUCGAAUGCGCAGCUGGCUUGGCUACGAGUUGCCGUUUGAUAGGCAUGAUUGGAUUGUUGACCGUUGUGGCAAGGACGUUCGGUACAUCAUUGAUUACUACGAUGGUGGUAUAGUGGAUGAAAAGUAUAAAUUCGCUCUGCUCGACGUAAGGCCUGCGAUGGACUCACCGGAAAACGUCUGGGAUCGAAUGAAGGUUACCUACAUGCGCUGGAAGUAUGAAAUGGAAGGUAAGCUCAAACAAUUGACGAGUUAAAUUGAAAGGGUCAAAGCGGAGUCGAGAUUGUACUUUUAACUGCAAAUAGUUGAUAACCAUCCAACUAUGAACUAUAGCACCAUUUCUCAAUUAUAAUCUGAUGACCGAUCAACGGAUAUCGGUACAUACUUCAAUAAACUACAGAUGUUUGACGAGAACACAUCUUUUCAUAAU